UUGCUGGAAUUUGACAGAUCAGGUGCCUCUGUGGAAUGUACUAUGUAGUCAUUGGGUGUUGUAUGAGGUUAUUAUUGGAUGAAAUAAAUACUGUAUAAAAGUUCUGUUUUGAAAUGUCUGCACAAUUUCCUCCGUGUCCAGCUUCACUGAAGUCGUUGCAGCAUUAUCUAAAGGCGGCUGCUGAACAUGAUCAGCGCGAUCCAGUAAUCAGUUACUGGUGUCGCCUGUUCGCUUUGCAGCUAGGAUUAAAAAUAGAUCGCAAAUCGGAUGAAGCAAAGGCGUUGCUUACAUCUAUUAUGGACUGGCUGGAAACACAGAAGAAAGCGUUAUCAGAUAAUGAAGCAGUGACAAACGACGUCGCAGCACAAGCACACAUCGAAAAUUAUGCCCUCAAACUAUUUUUGUAUGCUGACAGUCAGGACAGAGCUGCUAAUUUCGGCAAGAAUGUGGUGAAAGCCUUCUACACCGCAGGAGUCUUGUAUGACGUACUGACAACAUUUGGAGAAUUAACUGAUGAAGCGACACAGAAUCGCAAGUAUGCCAAGUGGAAGGCAGCCUAUAUACAUAAUUGUUUGAAAAAUGGAGAGACACCUGUACCUGGUCCGAUGCAAGAGAAUGAGAUGGACGAGAACACUAACCAACCAGGAGAGAAUACUAGUGCUGGUCCUGCUGCUGGAACCAGUGAAAAUGACUUGGGGAGCUUCAGUGGAAUUACAGGGACAAGCCAAAUGGGAUUUAUCUCCCCACCAGCAUCAUCAUCUUCUUCUGCUGGCCCAAGUUUUCCCAAUGUGUCGAAUAAAGUGACAGACAUCCCUGCUCCAUAUACAGUUCCACAACCACUUACGCCAACAGAAGGUUUGCCAUUAAAUCCAACUUCGCAAAUCAGUAAGCCUCUGCCAACAGGUAAUGGAAGUUCAGCUUCACUGAAUCCAGCACAGAUCACAAAGGCUCAGAAGUACUGCAAGUGGGCAAGUAGUGCCUUGAACUAUGACGAUGUACCAACAGCCAUAGAAAACCUGGAGAAAGCAUUAGUUCUGCUUCGGACUGGUGCAGAUACUGGUUAAUUGCCUAAUUG